CACUACGGAUGGACAUUGGGAGACGAUGUUAGCUUCUGCACUUGCUCUCCCUUGGCAGUUAUGGCCUUCUUUUGCAUUACACCACAAACCCAACGAGGACGGCAGUGUAGAGGGAGAGAAAGCAGUACUCCCAGACGCACAGCAAGAGCAGAAGCAAGAUGGAAAUGACAACCCAGAGAAACAGCUCAACGCAGCCAGCAAAGCACUUACCGACCUCAUAACACGACUCGACCUCUACAGACCCGGUUCCCAACCACCUUCAUCCCGUAUCACCCCUUCCCACUCUCCCCUCCCAGGUCCAGAAGAGCUCCUUUCCCUCACAGGCCUGUGGAACUACGCCGGGUUCCUGAGCCAGAAAGCCGCUGAUGUGGCGGGUGACGUUCUCCGGCAUCAGCUCUGGGGGCCGAAGAAGAAGUCGUGGGGCGUGAGGAUGACUGUGCUGAGCGCGUUUAUGCGCGGGGUGGGGAAGUACAGUGCUCUAGGGAACUUGGCCCUCAUUAGGCUUCUUAUGUCGCUCCCUGCCUUCCUCCCACCUUCGAGCGAGGCGCUCAUCACCCCCAUCGCCUUCCGCGUCAAGAGACGAGGGCUGCGCGGCUUGCUAGCGGAAUACGACGCGCAGGAGGAUGGGAGGCGGGAGAUCACGGCUGAGUGGGUGGUCAGCAAGGCUCUGUGGAGAAAGUUAAACACGGAAUGGAAGCGCGAGCACCCCGAUACCCGCCCUGGCUCACGCGAGUCUUCCCGCCAGCGUCAGCAUCCACCCAGAGUAAAGGGAAGAGUCAUCCUCUACCUCCAUGGAGGCGCGUACUAUGUGUUCAACGCUUCCACCCAUCGGCCAAUAACGAUUCCCCUCUCGCACGCCUGUUCCGCACGCGUGUUCGCGAUCAACUACCGGCUCGCGCCGGAGACACGCUUCCCUGGGCCGUUGCACGAUGCUGUGAGCGCGUACCUGCGGCUUACGAGGGAUAUGGCCAUCCCCCCCAGCUCCAUCCUCCUCGCUGGGGACAGCGCUGGUGGCGGUCUGGCACUAGCACUCGCCCUCUACUUGAGGGAUAACGCCUACCCCCUCCCGGCAGGGCUCAUCCUCCUCUCCCCCUGGGUGGAUCUGACAAUGUCCUCCGACUCGUGGGACAGCAACGCGGCGUACGACAUCGUCCCCGUCCCACCGCCCACCUCCCACCUCAACCCGGUCCUGAACUACCUCGGCCCUGGCCCAGCAGGGAUAGGGACGUACCUGACCCACCCGUACGCUAGCCCGCUGUUCGGGGACCUCUCCCGCCUCCCGCCCUUGCUCGUCCAGUGCGGAGACGCCGAAGUGCUCCGGGACGAGUGUGCGCUGCUGGCGCACAAAGCUGCCAGAGCGGGCGUGACUGUCAAGCAUGAGAUGUAUGAGGAUGCGGUACAUGUUUUCCAGAUGCUGCAGUGGUUGCCCCAGACUGCUAAGGCCUGGGAGUGCGUGAGGGGGUUUGUGAGAGGGGAAGUGAGGGAGUAUGCUAGGCGGAUGAAGGGGGAGUGUGGGCUGGCUGCUGGGGCGGGUCCGGUAGUACCGGAGGAGCAGGAGACAGAAGCUUCUGUGCCGGCAUUCGACGACCGACCACAACCCAGGGUACCGCCGAGCAUACACCUGCCUACCCCUUCCCCCUCCCCUCCUUCCACCUCCCCUGCACGCCAAGUACAAGGCCAGACGCUCCCCCCCGCUUCGUCCCCCAUCCCGUCGCUGGACGGGGAGACGAUGUGCACUUUCCCCCAGUCGGUGGUCGUCGAUUGCUUGGGGGAGGAGAUCGUGAAGGGUAGGGAGGCUUGUGGGUUGGAGAUGGAGAGGGAUGAGGAUGAGGAGGUGGAGGGGGAAGAAGGAGAAGCGGAGGGCGGGGAGGGAGAAGCAGAGAUCGGGGAGGGAAUAUAAGGAUGCAGAGAGGGAGAUUGGAGAUAACGUUUCAUGGGGUAAUGAUAUGUAUCCAUACAUAACGAGUCUUGAUCGGGGAGGCUGACAGAGAAGCGAAGCGGUAAUUAUGUACUUGUAC